AUGUUCUUCGAUAGGUGGAAGACCACUCGCCAGACGCUGACGCCGUCUUUCACCAACAGCAAGCUGAAGCCCCUGCUGCCGCUCAUGGAGGAGGUGGCGGCCGAGUUGGUGCAGUACCUGCGCACCAACUGCCACACCUGCGGACCAGAUGGAUUUGAAGCAAAAGAUCUUUGUUCCAAGUAUACAAUGGAGAUAGUAGCCACAAGUGCGUUUGGUAUUAAAGGGCACUCGUUUCAGAAUCCCAAAGCUGAACUAAGAGAAAUGACCAUGCAACUUUUACAACCUGGACUAAAGAAAAGUAUUGAAUUAAUGUUAAUAAAUUUUCUUCCUUCACUGGCAGACCUCCUUAAACUCAGAAUGAUGCCAGUGGAAGUGGACCAAUAUUUUCGAGGUGUGGUACGAACCGUGGUUGAUGAGCGCGAAAAGAAAAAUAUUACAAGAAAUGACUUUAUGCAGAAUUUAAUCAAUCUGAAAAAGAAAGCUGAGGAAAAUGGAGAAACUUAUUCGGACGAGGACAUCACGGCGCACGCGGUGACUUUCAUGACGGACGGCUUCGAGACGUCAGCCAUCGUCCUGAGCUUCGUCCUGCACGAGCUGGCGCGCCACCCCGACGUGCAGGAGCAGCUGUGGCAGGAGUGGCCCCCUGGCCGCCUUGCAGAGACGCUGCGGCUGCACCCGGCGCUCCCGGCCAUGGAGAAGGUGUGCACCAGGCCCAUCACCCUGCGGGCGGCGGACGGCACCGAGCUGCACGUGCCCAAGGGCCAGCUCGUCGUUCUGCCCGUCCUGGCCUUCCACAAGGACCCGCGCUACUUCCAGGACCCCGAGCGCUUCGACCCGGACCGCUUCUCGCCCGGCCGCAAGAGCGACAUCCCCAAGUACAUGUUCUUGGGCUUCGGCGGCGGCCCGCGCCAGUGCCUAGGAAUGCGGUUUGCCCUGCAGCAAACCAAACUCGCCAUCGCUACCAUGGUGGAGCACUUCGUGAUCAAAGCCACCCCCAAGACGCCCAAAGUGAUCGAGCAAGACCCCACUUCCUUCCUGGCGUGCGCCAAGGGCGGGCUGUGGGUGCGCUUCGAAGAGAGACAGACUUCUCUCUAA